GCGGAAAGAGUAGGACGCAUGCGCAUUUCCUUCUCAACGGAAUAGUCGUAAACAACAUUUUUUUUCAAUCCAGAACCCUCGCUAGUUUACGUAUAGGAAAGUAACGGGGGGGGAUUAAUCGGGUUAGUGGAUGACACUUUUUUCUGCGUUUUCGAAAUAUUUCGCAGAAAAUAUGAGAUCGUACGGGUACGAAUUGUACCCAUGAUUUAUUAUACAUUUAUGGCUCCUCGGAAUGCGGUGACGUCAUCCGGAUCGUUCUGGAAGAGCCCUGCAGGACAAUAAUGGCGGAUUUGUAUGCGAAAUACAACUGUACGUAUUGUCAAGAAGACAUCACGGGUCUGCGUGUUAAAUGCGUCGAGUGCCCAGAUUUCGACCUCUGUUUGCAGUGCUUUUCCGCUGGAGCUGAAAUUGGUCAACACAAAAAUGAUCACUCUUAUCAAUUUAUGGAUUCUGGUACCAUUAGUAUAUUUAAUGGACGAGGCAAUUGGACUGCCAGAGAACAACUUAGACUUUUGGAUGCCAUUGAACAAUUUGGCUUUGGAAAUUGGGAGGAUAUCAGUAAACAUAUCGAAACUAGGACACCGGAAGAAGCGAAAGAAGAAUAUAUUGCUAGGUAUUUGGAUGGUAAUAUUGGAAAACAUACAUGGCCACCUACAGAAAGCUAUACGCCAAAUCUUACGGAUCAAACUAAGUCAGAUAAUGGACCAUUAUCCCCUGAUCUCACAUCCCGGUUACCUCCGCUCGAUAUAACACCGGAGGAAGCUGCUCAAUUGGGUUAUAUGCCUCAACGAGAUGACUUUGAAAGAGAUUAUAACCAUGAAGCAGAGUCUCUUGUUUCAUCAUUAUUUUUAAAUCCAGCAGAAGAUGAUGAUCUCGACAUAGCACUUAAGCUAGCACAAGUUGAUAUGUAUACUAAUAAUUUAAGAGAAAGAGCUAGAAGAAAACGUGUCGUACGAGAUUAUCAACUUGUGUCCGCUUUCUUUGCAUCAUCUAGAAAAGAUAGAGGAGUAAAGAAGAGACAAACGAAGGAAGAAAAAGAAUUUAGGGACAGAAUGAGGACUUUUGCACAAUUUUAUACUGCACAGGAAUAUGAACAGUUCCUAACGAAUCUUGAAAGAGAAAGAGAACUUCGGUUACGACUUUCGGAACUUUAUCGUUAUCGGGAGCAUGGGAUAGCUAGACACGAGGAAUGUGCACAUUUUGAACAAGUGAUGGCACAGGCUCAGGGACAAAAUGAUACCGCCGAUCACUGGACAGAGAAAAAAUCUAGGGAAUGUAAAACAACGUUCAGAGCUUUAAUUAUACUGGCAGCAGUGGGCCGUCCACACCAAUACACCGCCACACCUCAAAAAAAAAGUCCAUUUCUUCAUUCUAGAGAAGAAGAAAAAAAUUACUCUUCCACCGACCGAAAGUCCACUGUAAAGCUAGACACAGCCAGCAGCAGCUCCACAAUCAAUCAAAUCAAUCCCAAUCGGACGAUGAUUCCAGCCAAUCAGUGGGUGGAGCAGGAUAGCAAUCCGAAUACUUCCAGUCAACAUUCUACAAGUUCCAAUUCUACUGUAGAAAAAAAUUGCUUUGUAGCAUCAUCUUCGUCGAAAGUACUCUCACAUUUGGGAGAAACAGGAGAACGGGAUAUAGAAAUGGAGGCAUCUGCACAUCUUUUAACGAAACAAGAAAAAUCAUUAUGUCUUCAGUUAGACUUGAAGCCGAUGCAGUAUUUAACACAAAAGACGUUGUUGUUACAAGAAUAUCUCAGUGGUAAUAGAAAAUCAGGGAUUAUACCUCAGUCGGAACCAGAGAGUAAGAUACUUCAUUAUUUGGUAGCUAAUGGCUGGAUUGCAGCCAAUUGAUCAAUUAUCAAGAAAAAAGUUAUCUUCAUUUUCCAAUUCUAAGUCAAGAUUUAUUUCAUUAACUAAGUCUUAAAUGUGUAAUGAUAACAUGAGUUUGACUUAAUUAAUGCAUGAAAAUCAAAUAGAAAGAAGAAAGAGAGAGAGAGAAAGAGAGAAAGAGAGAGAGAGAGAGGGAGAGAGAGCGUAUAAAAAUUCUAUCUGCUUUUUUCUUGAAACAUUGCAUCUAUUUUAUGUUAUAAAGUUUAUUGAAAAUGAUAUCCCAUGGCUGUCAUCUAUAGCAAAGAAUAUCAAUAUUGCACUACUACAUUAAUUAUAAAUGUAACGAUAAUAGCAAGAUUUUUAUCCAAUGUAGAAUUGGGUUUGGGGUAUAUAAUAUGUACAUAUAUAGGCGUAUACACAUAUUGAUAUAUGUGUAUGUAUAUUUAUCAUAACAAGUCUACCACUUUUAAAUUCAAAAAUUGUCUUAAGAGAAUAUUUUAUAAUACUGCCUUCUUAGUCACUAUACAUAUUGUUCUAUCGAUUCUUCCAUAUGAAAUUUUGUGUUUUUCUUUUUUCUUUCUUCUUUCUUUCUUUUUUUUUUUUCCUUUUUAAACUAAACGCUGUACAUAUAUAUAUAUAUAUAUAUAUAUAUAUAUAUAUAUAUAUAUAUAUAUUCCUGUUUAUUUUAUUUAAAUAUUAUUUGUUACCAUACUUGACAAUAAGGAAAAAGACUAUAGAGACAAAUGUGUAUGUCAGAUCUUUAAAAAUCAUAUGGAAACAUUACGAAGACACCAGUAAUUUGUAAUUGUAAUUGUAAUUGUAAUUGUAAUUGUAAUUUAUGAAAGUAAUCAUGCUAUCAUGUUCGAUGAUAUGAAAUAUAUUCUAUCACACAUUGAAUUUCAUUCUUGCUUAAGGUUUUAAGCGAGUAAUGAAAUAUGAAAAGCUAGCUGUGACAUUAAAAAGAAAAAAAAAAAGAAAAAGAAAAUAAAAUAAAAAGAAGAAAAGAAAAAAAGAAAAAAAAGAAAAAAUUGGAACGUAAAAGAAACAAAAAAAAAAAAAAAGGUAACAUCUUUCUUAUUGCAUUAAUAUUAAUUGCUGCUAUUGAGAGAUUACAUGUUAACAAUAUAAUAUGUAUAUAUAGAUUUAGCUUUAAAACAGAGUCAUUUACGUAGCUUUAGUCCGUUAAAUGCGGACUUUCUGUUUGUAAUAUAAUGAAGAGGAACAAGAAAAAAAAAAUAAGAUAAAUAAAAACAAAAAGAGAGAUUCCUUAUUGCUGAAGAAUGGUACAAAUACGAUAAAAUAUAGUAAUUGUGAGAGAGAUGUAUAAUAGUAAAUAAUUUAUCUAUCGCCGACGCACCAUCUGUAUGUAUAUAUAUAUAUAUAUAUAUAUAUAUACAUAUAUAUAUAUAUAUAUAUUAUAUAUGGCGAGAAACACAUAGUACCUUUUUAUUAAUAGUAAAUACUAAUGCACAAAGUAUAAAAUUUCAAAGGUCAAAUGUUGUAAUCACUGAUUUUUCUGAUCCUAUCAAAUCUGAUGCAAAUUUUCCAGGAUGAAAUCUUUUUUUCUUUUCUACUCUUUCUCAAAGGGGGAAAAAAAAAAAACAAAAAAUAUUUCAUUUCCUAAUUGAUAAGUGUAAAUGCAGAGAAUGAUUUCCGUAAAAAAGAACAAAAAGAAAAAAAAAAUGACAAAAAAGUAAAAAAAAAAAAAAAAAAAAAAGAAGUAAGAAAAAGAAAGAAACAAUUCAAAUA